AUGCCUAUCCUAUCGUGGUCAGCGAUUCAACUUGUAACUGUCUGUUUUGGUAUAUGUUUAAUUAUUUUAUUAACUAUCGGUGGCAAUCUUGUUGUUCUCUUUGCUUUCUACAAUGAUCCACAUUUGUUAACGCCAUCAAAUAAUUUUAUUUUAUCUAUGGCUAUUGCUGAUCUUCUUGUGGGUCUUGUAGCAAUGCCGUUUUAUUCGUAUGCUCAAAUAAAAAGUUUUUGGCCAUUUGGUGAACUGUUUUGCAAAAUAUGGUUAACGAUUGAUGAUGUUGCAACUAUGGCGAGUGUUUUAUCUAUCGUAGCUAUUACUAUAGAACGUUAUUGGAGUAUUAAUCAUAGUGUACAUUAUCGUCGUUACACAACGAAAACUCGUAUAAGAAUAUUUUCACUUCUUAUUUGGCUUAUUCCAUUGGUUAAUUUUGCGCCUGGCAUUUGGUUCCUUCAGUCACAUGCCGAUAUUGCAAUAACAAAUGCGACAAAGAAAAAUCAUUCAGCAUGCAUUGGUGCCUAUCAUUCGCAUACGAUCUAUUUAAUAGUAGCUCAAAUAAAUUUUUUUGCAUGGCCAUUAGUUGUUAUUAUUAUACUUAAUGCUUUAAUUGUUGUUAAUCUUUAUCGAAGAUCACAACGCUUUCCAUCCUAUAAUAGUUUUUCUGAACAACGAAAAAAUAAUAUAUUAAGAAAAUCUAAAGAAGAUAAUAUUGACGAGCACCAUCCUCAAACAAAUGUAACUGAUGAUCAAACAAUAUCAAUAAUUAAUGAAAACAAUUAUCAUGCAUUAAAAAAGGCAAAUUCAGCGGGUAAUGAGAAUCAUCAUGGAAAUAUUCCAUUGCCUAUUAGAGAAGUCGACGAGCUUAUGAUUGAACAUGACACUAUUGAAUCUCUACCGUUACCACAAAUUCUACCAAGUUCACCACUCGAAACAGAUGCAAAACAAUCAUCGUCAUCAUCAAAUAUUUAUACACGUUUUAAACAUGUUUUUCUACCUCCAUCGAUAUCAAUGGAAUCCUCAUUAAAUGAUCAACGUUCAUCAAAAUCGACUCAAACAUUUCAUUUACCAUUACAGCCAACUAGGCAAAAACGCCGUUCAUUAUUUGCAUGGCGUAACAGUGCUCAUUAUUUAUCAAGAAAAAAUACAAAGUUGAUUUCUGUUACUGGUGAACAACGUAAUGUUCGACGUUUAAGACGAGAUAAACGUACAGCAACAUCACUUCUUAUAUUCGUUCUUGUAUUCAUGAUAUUUUUAUUGCCAUAUGUUUUUGUAGUUGUUGUUGGAAAUAUUUUUUCAUUAGAAAGUCUAAUCGAUAUAGAUGGGCAAGUAUAUUCAGCUGCUUUCUGGCUUCUAUGGCUCAACUCAAGUAUUAAUCCAAUUCUUUAUCCAUUUAUUCAACCAAAAUUUCGUGAAGCAUAUAGCAAAAUCUUUCUACGAUUAACAAGACGGCAAAGACGAUUAGUUUCACUGAUUAUUGAUAUACAACGAGAGAAAUAA